CCGAUCUCCCAAGAGCGUUUCCGAUCUGGCUGUGCGCUUCCCCUCGAGCAGCUCCGAGCCAGCCGCGAGCAGCCCGACCCGCUGUGCUCCUUCGCAUUCAGAAGCCACCCACCAGACGCACCUCGCACGCCCUGAUCUUAGAGGGGCAUAUUGAUACGCUGCCCCACGGGCCAGAGCCGCUGAGAACCAGAUGUCAGACAGCGACGACGUGGCCUUGUCCGAGCGCAAGGAUCACAAACGCAAGCACCAGGGCUCCGAGUCCAACGGCGUGACCGGUUCGGGCGAUCGCAGGCCCAAAGUCGAGGCCAUGUCCGAGACCGGCAGCUCCAAGCCUGUCAAGACCGAGGUCAAGACCCGGGACGACGACGAUGACGAGGACGUCCCUUUGGCCAAGCGUCGCAGACCCGCAGGCAACAAAUCCAAAAUCAAGAGCGAGAAUGGAGGCAGUAGCUCACCGGCUGGCAAAUCCAAAAAACCAAAGAAGGAAGUCAAAGAAGAGACCGACUCCGAAGCCACCGAAGAUGAAGAUGAAGACAAGCCUCUGAAGAAACGGGCGAAAACGAAUAAAGCCGCCAAGACGAAAGUGGAGAGUGAAGAAGAAGAGGAGCCCGAUGAUGACGAAGAAACCGAGGAUGAAGAAACCCAGGUCCAGUUCGAUAACAGUGUCAAGUGGACCACGCUGGAACACAACGGCCCAUGGUUCCCCCCGCCCUACGAGCCGCAUGGGGUCCCGCUUAUCUACGACGGCAAGGAGCUUAUCCUCGAACCCGAAGCCGAAGAAGUAGCGACAUUCUAUGCCGGUGUCAUUGGCACCGACCAUGAGAAAAACGAAACGUUCCAGAGCAACUUUUUCAGCGACUUCUUGGAUGUGCUCUCGAAGCAAAAGAAGCCUUCGCCCAUCAAAGUGUUCAGCAAAUGUGAUUUCUCGCGGAUAUAUGACCACUUGCAGAGGCAGAAGGAAGCUAAGAAGACGAUGACCAAGGAUGAGAAGCAGGCCGUCAAAGAUGCCAAGCUCAAGAUUGACGAGCAUUACGGCUGGGCACAGCUCGAUGGUCGGCGCGAACAAGUCGGUAACUUCCGUAUCGAGCCUCCGAAUCUCUUCCGCGGUAGAGGCAAGCACCCCAAGACUGGCAAAUUGAAGCGCCGAGUGGUGCCUGAGCAAGUCACGAUCAACAUUGGCGAGGGUGUCAAAGUCCCCGAGCCACCCGCCGGUCAUAAAUGGGGCGCCGUCAUUCACGACAACACCGUCACUUGGCUUGCUAUGUGGAAAGAAAACGUCAACGACAGCACCAAGUACGUCUUCUUUGCGGCGAGCUCUUCUCUUAAGGGCCAGAGCGAUCUAAAGAAGUUCGAGAAGGCUCGCGAGCUCAAGCGACACAUCGACAGGAUCCGCAAGGAUUACCGUGCAGGGCUUAAGAACAAGGUCACGGCCGAGCGACAAAAGGCCACGGCCCUCUAUCUGAUCGAUCGGUUUGCCUUGCGUGCCGGCAAUGAGAAGAGCGAUGACGAAGCGGACACGGUCGGCUGUUGCUCGCUCCGAUUCGAGCACGUAUCGCUCAAGCCUCCCAGGACAGUCAUCUUUGACUUUUUGGGUAAAGACUCGAUCCGCUACUACAACGAGGUUGAAGUAGACGAGCAAGUCUUCAAGAACCUCAAGAUCUUCAAGCGCGAUCCGAAAAAGCCCGGCGAUCCCCUCUUUGAUCGUUUGAAUACGGGCAUUUUGAACAAGCAUUUGAACAAGUACAUGAAGGGCCUCACAGCCAAGGUCUUCCGUACCUACAAUGCAUCAUAUACAUUCCAAGAGGAGCUACGCAAAACACCAAAGGAUGGAAGUGUCAUGGAGAAAGUGCUGGCUUACAAUCGUGCAAACCGGCAGGUCGCCAUCCUCUGCAACCAUCAACGGGCCCGACCCAAAGCCGCGGACUCGCAGCUCGGCCGUAUUCGCGACAAGAUUCGCGCAUACAAGCUGGAACUGAGAGAGACUCGACAAGAACUGCUGAAGCUCGAGCCUUCGCUGAAAAAGAAGCGACCAGAGCUCGCCCAGGAUGAGAGCGACCUCGACGAUGACUGGAUUGAAGAAUACAGGAAGCAGGUUGCUGUGAAGGAAGAAGAGAACCUGAAGAAAAAGCUAGAGAAAGAAAACGAAAAGCGCAAAGCGGAUGGCCUGGAGCUGUUGGAGGAAAUCAAGCUGCCCAAGAAAGUGCCACUGACCUCGGAGAAGCUCGAGAAAAAGAUUGAGAUGCUCAAUGAAAAGAUCAAAAAUACCAAACUACAGAUGACAGAGAAGGAUGAAAACAUGACCACUGCCCUCGGCACGUCCAAAAUCAACUACAUCGAUCCAAGAAUAUCGGUGGCAUGGGCCAAGAGAUACGAUGUUCCUCUAGAAAAGAUUUUCAACAAAACCCUUAGAGAAAAGUUCAAGUGGGCGGCCGAGCUUGAGAAUGAUUGGACCUUCUAAAUCCACCCAAGACCCAUCACGGACGAGGAAACAAGCCCCGACGCUCCCUCCUCCGGCAGUCAGCACAGCUCUUCCAACCGAAACCGGGUUGUCCCGGGCGUUUCUGGUCGAGCUUCGCUGUUGCUGAGCCUGGGUGGGCGGCACCCCUCGGAGGUCCUGCUCUGAUUCACGGUGGCCGCUCCGGCUACCAUCAGCCGUCAAUGGCCAGCUUGUCUUGAAUAUACAUGGUCGACAUCUCCGAGUAACUCACCACA